UCCUCUUCUUCAAACGUGUCCCAGUCUUCUUUGACUUUUAAACAUGGCUGCGUUUAGAGAGACCUAGCUCAAGCCUGCUAUGUUAUUUUUUCGACCUUUAUCAUAUAUUUCUUCAUAGAGCGGUCGUUCGUACAUUUGACCGGACAUGACGGAUAAAGAUGUGGCUAAAGGGAAGGACAGUGCCGGGGAAAAAGGAUACAGGACCCCCGGGCUGAGGGGCGCACAGACCACGACACUGUUCCGAGCUCUCAACCCUGAACUCUUCAUGAAACCUAAUAAACCAGUGAUGGCGUUUGGACUGGUGACCAUCACCUUGUGUGUGGGCUACCUGGGCUACAUGCACGCGAUGAAGGAAAACGACCAGCAGCUAUAUGAGGCCAUCGACAGCGAAGGAGAAAAAUACAUGAGGAGGAAGACUUCCAAAUGGGACUGAUGGCACAUGUUCAAUAACUCUGUGUGUGUGUGUGUGUGUGUG